AUCUUUGAACCCGGGCCUCCCCCUCACUCAGCACCGCAGGAUUCACGCAGAGCCACGCUGGAGGGAGGACCGCAGAAAACCCCUCCGUGCUCCGUCAGACUCAUGGACUCUGCUCCACCAGCAAGGAACCAUGACCUGUGCGUCUGAGUGAAGAAGAAGGAGAAGAAGAAGGAGAAGAAGGAGAAGAAGAAGGAGAAGGAGAAGGAGAAGAGUUCUUAGAUUCAUCUUUCAACCAGAGGAGACUUUUAGAACCUGCAGACAUGUUUCUUUGGGGAUGUCUCCUGAGCCUCGCGCUCCUCCUGGGCUCCAGCCGGACUCUGGCUCCGGACCCCGGAGCAGGACUCGACUUCCUGGAGGAUAUUUUACACUUCUAUGGCGAAAACGCGUCUAUUUCCACGCACGACCUGAAGGACCUGCUGCUGCUGAUCUCCGCCCGGAGGUCCGAGUCCGUGUUCCUACACAAUCCUCUGGAGAACCAAGAAUGUCUCUCAGCCGAGCAGAUCUUGUCCCACUUCGGGAUCAGUAACGUCAGUGAGCUGAACGUGGGACAUCUGGGGACGAUCUGUCCGGCCGUGUUGACCCAGGUGCUGCUGCCCUCCUGCCCCUACUCUGAGUCCGGGACCCUGGGGUCCGCCGACUACUCUGUGUGGGGUUACGGGUUCCUGGCCGUCACCAUCAUCAACCUGGCGUCUCUGCUCGGCCUCCUGCUGAUUCCAUUCACCAAGAAGUCCUACUUCCCCAAAGUGCUGACCUACUUCAUCGGCCUGGCCAUCGGGACGCUGUUCUCCAACGCCGUGCUGCAGCUCAUACCAGAGGCGCUGGGCUUUGAUCCCAAACGAGACAACUAUGUGGGGAAUGCAGUUGGAAUAUUCGGAGGCUUCUAUCUCUUGUUCAUUGUGGAGAAGGUUCUGAAGCUGGCUCUGCGGAUGGAUCACGAGCACGGCCACAGCCACUUCGCUCCUCCAGAGGUGACUCAGGAGAACUCCCUGCAGAACGGAGACAUAACGGAAAAGAGUGACUCCAUCAUUCUGACUGGAAUCAGCACCAUCGCCUUAGACAAGAGCAGCCUGAGCCCAGAUUCUCAGCAGGACGUCCAGGACGCGGGUCAGAUGUGCCGAUGGCUGCGUGGGAAACGCGUCUCUGACAUCAAGACGGUGGCCUGGAUGAUCACCCUGAGCGACGCGCUGCACAACUUCAUCGACGGCCUGGCCAUCGGGGCGUCCUUCACCGUGUCCGUCCUGGCGGGCUUCAGCACGUCCACUGCCAUCGUGUGUGAGGAGUUUCCUCAUGAGCUGGGAGACUUUGUGAUCCUGCUGAACUCUGGCAUGAGCAUCCCACAGGCCAUCUUCUUCAAUCUGCUGUCGGCGGUUUCGUGUUACGUCGGCCUCGCGUUUGGAAUUCUGCUGGGGAGCAACUUUGCCCCCAACGCAAUCUUUGCCAUCGCGGGAGGAAUGUUCCUGUAUAUCGCGCUGGCGGAUAUGUUCCCAGAGAUGGACAACAUAGCCCGGGAUCAGCACCGGACUUCAGACAAGAUCGUUUUCUUCCUGAUCCAGAACGCCGGCCUGCUCACCGGGUUCGCCAUCAUCCUGCUGAUCACUGUGUACGCAGGCGAGAUCCAACUGGGUUAGAGGAGAGGAACACGAACUGGGAAUCAACCAGUCGUGAGCUGCUUCCGUUUCUGCUGACUCGGCUCCCUCAGUGAAUGUGAAGGGAAUGUUUUGUACAAAGAAAACUAAAUGUGUAAAGGACUUUUAAAAAAAAAAAAAAAAUCUUUCUACUGUUGAUUUAGUGAAAUGUUUACUCCUUGAAAGGGAAAAAAUCUUUACAAUCAUUUCAUGUAUGAAAUCUAGACAAAUUUAUUUUAAGGGGGAAAUAAAUUAUUUUUUUUAGUCUUCAUAUAUUGUGACAUGUGUUCCUUGUGCUGCUUUGUAAACUAACAUUUGCUGAGUUGUUGUGGCAGCAGCCGUUUGCUCGGGCUGUUAUGGCAUCAGAGUUUGACCUCUGUGUCUUGUUCCUGGCUCUUUCUCAAGGUCGUAUCGUUGGACUCUUUCAUCCGCAUGUUUCACAGAGUGUAUUCUGCUGUCGACCAAAUUUCAGACACUGGAAAAGGUUCAUAUUUUAACAGCACCUGUGGGAAUGAGGCCUCCUGUAGAUCAAAAUACAACUGUGCUAGUUGACUUUUCCUUUGUUCUAUACGGAAGUGUUCCUACACACACAAAGACAUGGACCAAGAUAUAUCAGACACCCGAUAAGCUUAAGUAUCACAUAGAAUUUGAAAAUAAUCAACCACAGGAAAUAUAUAUAUAUAUUUCAAAAUAACUGCAAUUUAUUUCCCAGUGAACAUAGAAAAUAGGAUAUAAAAAGUGUCCAUAUAUUCCCCAAAAUAAAGUCUGAUUAUGCUCUUAUUGUAAAUUAGAUUUUAUGAUAUUUGGUGUUAAACAUGACAUCUGUCAUCACCUACGAUGAGAAGGAGGUGUGCGAUUUUUCUCCAAUUAUAUAGUAAAAGAAACAAAGGCUGUCUGUAUAUUUUUCAGGGGACACUGGUGCUUGUCAUGCAGAUUUCUUCACAAUUUAAUUUUUUUGGAAAGAAAAACUGAAAAGGACCCAUGUCAGACGUGAUUAUUGUUUUGUGUUUCGUCUCCUAGAUUUUAUUGUGAAAACAAAAAAUUCUCUUUCCAUUUUUUAUGCAAUUUAGUUUAUUUUUUACUAUGUACAAUAAAAAGGUGCGUAUGGAUUGUAAGAA